UAGAGCCAAUGAGGGGAGAAAAGCAGAAAGUAGGGGGUAGAGGGGGCCAUGUUUUGGCCAGUGGGGAAGGCUGUACUGUUGCUGUGCUGCUGGGCAACAACAGACAACUUUCUCAGAAGCAGAGUUUUGCAGACACAAAAAUGGUGCAGAUGGAGAAAGAGGGGGAUGACAAGAAGGAAAAGAAAGGAGAGGACGCGGUGCACCUUCGCAGAGAGAUAGGCCUGCUGCCUGCUGUUUGCUUCAUCAUCGGGACGGUGGUGGGCAGCGGCAUCUUCAUCGCACCAAAGGGGGUUCUGAUGAACAGUGGGAGCGUGGGGCUCUCUCUGCUGGUGUGGGCGCUGUGUGGAGUCCUCUCAUUAUUUGGGGCUCUGUGUUAUGCUGAACUGGGCACUACUUUCACAAAAUCCGGGGGCCACUACACUUAUCUACUGGAGACCCUGGGGCCGCUGCCGGCCUUCUUACGACUCUGGGUGGAGUUCAUUUUCAUCAGGCCGGCUGUGGCGUCCUACGUGUCCCUGGCUUUCGGCCGCUACGUGGUGGAGCCGUUCUUUGCACCGUGUGUUGCCCCCACGGUGCUGAUCAAACUUGUCAGUGUCCUCGGCUUGACAUUUGUCGUGGCUAUCAACUGCUGGAGCGUGACCAUGGCCUCUCGCACUCAGGUCACAUUGACUUUCGUUAAGACGUUUGCUCUGGUCCUCAUCAUCAUCCCUGGCAUCAUCGCUCUGGCCAAAGGAAAGACAGAAAAUUUCCAGAAUGGUUUUGAGGUCGACUCAUUAACACUGGAUAAGCUGCCACUGGCCUUCUAUAAUGGCCUAUACGCCUAUGGGGGAUGGUUUUAUCUGAACUUUGUCACUGAAGAGGUCAUUAACCCAAAUAGAAACAUCCCGCUGGCGAUAAUCUGCUCCAUGGUGGCGGUGACAUUCCUUUAUGUGCUUGUUAACGUGGCCUACUACACCAUGAUGACCCCCGCUGAGCUCCUGCUGUCUGAUGCUGUGGCUGUGACGUUCGCUAACCGCGCUCUCCAGGGAUUAGCUUCGGUGAUUCCAAUCCUUGUGGCCCUGUCCUGCCUCGGAGCACUUAACGGAGGCUUCUUUGGAUCUCCCAGGAUGCUGUUUGUGGGAGCCAGGGAGGGCCACUGGCCACCGAUCUUUUCCAUGAUUCACAUCCGCAGACACACACCUUUACCUGCUGUGCUGUUACUGUACCCCUUGGUGGUGUUGAUGUUAAUCACUGGAGAGAUCUACCAGCUCAUCAACUUUGCCUCCUUUUCUCGCUGGUUCUUCAUCGCCUUGGCAACUCUGGGGAUGCUCAUCCAUCGGUAUCGCUUCCCUCUCCACCCAAGACCUUUCAAGGUGCCCCUGGUCAUCGCUGUCACCUUCACGGUGGUUUGUUUCUUCAUCGUGGGUCUGUCUCUGUAUUCAGACCCCUGGAACACAGGGCGAAGCUGCGCUCUCACACUGACUGGAGUCCCGGUUUACUAUGUGACCGUCUACCGCUUUCGUUUGCCCCAUAGAUGGAGACACAUCUUCGACUACUGCAGCAAGCAGCUGCAGAUCCUUCUGGAGGUGGCCCAACAGGAAGUCCAGACGUACUGAGGACGUCUCAUACCACCUUAACAAAUCCUAGAACUUGGGUAUUGUUUACAAGUGUAGUAUGCUGGAAACUUCUCUUCUCUCUCUCUCUGAGUUUUACAUAGAAAACUGGAGAUUAAGAAUAAGUGAGAGAAUGAAUUAGACAAAAGGUAAAUAGCUUAUGCUGGAGGAACUUUUGUCAACCGUUAUUCAUGAACAUCUUAAGCUCUGCUCUUGAUAGUCUUAUUUUUUAAACUUUUGUAAGAACCAAUAAAGUCAUUUUUGAAUCCCAGAAACAAUCUAUAAAGUGUUUAUAUAAAUAGAAAUAAUAAAAGGCAGCUAUGCUGUGUAGUUUUUCUAAAUACACUGUUUCAUGUUACUGCACUGCAGCUUGUGUGACGCUGUUGAGGUUGCAUCUUGUCCAUUUACAUUGAUUAAAUGUGAGCUGAUCCAGGCUGAUCAUAAGUGUGACAAUAAAAGCGCUUCAUGCUGUAUGAGGCACCAACACCAACAGUUUUAUUGUACAGUCAUAGAAACACCAACAAGGCACAUGCUGCGAGAGCCGUCUGCCAGGAACCACAACAUUCCUCUCUUACUUAACAUCAGCUCCAAAUGUAAACAGAUCUAGUUACUGCAAUGUUAAAACUCUCACAUAUACAUACACACACUCGUGCUGAUAUAGCUGAAGACUUACAUUAUUUUGUGGCAUCUUCAAAAAUGGGAACAUAUCCCAUUCUGGUGUAUCCCAUUGUGCUGCUAAAACUGCUUUCCCCUAUUUUCCCGUUUGCGCUUCAUGACAAAAAAACGAAGGCGGUAUGCAUUGUGAUUGAAAACAAAUACAAUCUGUGCUGGAUAGAUACUAAAUAAUAAGCAUUUUGUUCCCAAAGAUGAUGUAAAUGUGUUGAUGUAAAACCCACGGCAUGCAAAAAUGUCCCUGCCCUGAAGCUGAUACUGGCAUACUGAAGAACAAAUACUGUGAGGACUCUUAAAAGUCAAGUGAUGACAAGUUUGAUCAUAAACAUAACAAUCCUAUUUCUGUUAGUGCUACUUGUAUUACGUUGUCAUUUAUUUAUUUAUUUAUUUAUUUCUAUUGCUAACAAUCCUGCAUCACAAUCUAAAAAUCUAAACGUCGACUCCAGGAAGCUGAACUGAACCAAACGGCACAGAAGCAUCUCCACCGGCUGAUCGGCCAAUAUAAUGUCUUACCAUUUACAUAUGUAAAAGCUAAAUUAUAUAUUAAAGAUGUGCAAAUCAACAUACAUAUACACUCAUACAGUAUUUCUCUUCUCUAGCGAUUCCUUCAAGGGGACAGACGGAUUUGACAGAAUAGAUGAUUAAAGAAAAACUGGUUUCACAGACGGAAAUAAAGAGUGACACCGAGGAAAUUAAUGAGCGAAACAACCAAUGAAAAACCUAAGCCAGAGGCGGAGAGAAACAUCCAAUGACAUGUGAGCAGCUUUGCUAAUUUGACUUGGUAAUUAGAAUUAAAGUGUCCCUGUCAUUCUUUAAAUAAAAAAAAAAAAAAAUCUUA